AUGAGUGGAAUUAAUUAAGAGAGCAAAGGAGACAUCGACGCUAUUCUAUUUUUAAGAAGAAAAGCUAUUUAUUAUAUAUCUUUUUAUUUAUUAGGUAUGAUCACUAUCAACCUUUUUUUUUUUUUGUGAUUGAUUUACAAUGUUGGGAAGUGGAAUUAAUGUUAUUCUUCUUUCAUCUCAAUUGAUAAAAGAAGAAAACAAAACUUAUAUCUUGUUUUUAUGUUUCUUUAGAAGCUUAUGCUUGGUAUAGUUUUGGGUUUGGGAUUAUGUUUAGGGUUUAGAGUUUAUGAUUUUUAGGGUUAAGGUUUUAGGGCUUUUUAGUUAAUUUCUCAAUUUUUGUAAAUGUCACAGUAACUAUGGAAAACAAAGAUUUGAUAUCAUUCGAAGAGCAUCAAGUGGACAAACCUUGCCAAUUGGGUUAUAUGAACAUGGAAGCAAUAGUUGAGGUUGAUAAUGAACGACCGCCGUAUUCUCUUCCUCCCCACAUAUCUCAACCUUACCCUUGGCUUGUUAUAUCUCAUGGAGAGUUUGAUCAAAGGCAAACCUUCUUCAGCAUAUCACAAUAUCAGUAUUACACUAAAAUUAUUCCUGAGAUGCGUAAUAAACAGGUAUGUUGCUCUUCUUUUGGAUGGUUAGUGUUAUUGGAUCUUGUCUCAUUUGAUUGUUCUCUUUUAAAUCUCAUUUCGAUGGAGACAAUUCAACUUCCUCCUUUUAAUAUGAAAUUCGAUACGUGCAUUCUCACGGCACUUCCAAGUGAUCCAAAUUGUCGCAUCCUUUUCUUCAAUCUCAUAGAGGAUGAAUUUUUAUUUUGUUCUCUUGAUGAUUGUGAAUUUUCAAAACAAAAGUUGGAAGACGAUGAUGUGAUUAGUGUGACAACAUUUGGAGGAAAGACUUAUUGCAUUUCUUCAGAAUAUUGUUUGCUUACAAUUGAGUUUGAAGGAUCAAGUCUUCGAUUUACAAAAUUAACUGUCCAAAAAACAGAAUCCAAACUGUUUAAUUUUACCAUUCAACGCAAAAACUAUUUGGUUGAGUUUUUUGGAGAGAUGCUACUUGUUUGCAAGAUUUACUCUCCAAGAUUGUGCGAAUGGGCUUCAUAUUUUGAAGUUUUUAGGUUUGAUUUCUAUAAAAGGGAAUGGAUUGAAGUGAAAAGCAUUGGAAAUAAUGCAAUUUUCCUCACAGAUCAAUGUUACGGCUCAUGUUCCUCAGUAGUUGAAGAAUCCGAUAUAAGAAGAAACUCCAUUUACUAUACUCAAUAUGAAGAUAGAAACCUUUAUGUCUAUGAUUUGGAAGAUCGAAGUGUUACAACAUCUUUGCCUUGUCCCAUAGUCAGUCGUCGAAAAUCAUCUCAUUAUUGGAUAAUGGAUCAUCUUUUAAAGUAACAUCAAACUGUGAGCAGCAAAUGGGAUUUGUUCUAUUCAACUCAGUGUUGCAUUUCUCUACAGCAUUCUUCUGAACCCUUUGCCAAACAAAAUGACUGUUCUCUGUUCCCAUUCAAAUAUGCAAGUUCCCUAUACUUCCAAGUUUGCAAGUACUUUAACUCCUAUGAAUAGAUUUACACUGCUUACCCCUCUUGCCUUGUGCAACCAUUCGCCCAUCAAAGCUGCGCUACAAGCCAGACCAUGCUUGGUUCCCUCAGUAAAAUCACGGGUUUCUGAAAUGCUACAUAAUGUGUUUUGACAAUAGGACCCCUUCUUGGUAUUGGAACCUAGUAAAUCUGAUUGACAGGUUUCAUUGCUGUUGUCGUUAAAUGGAUUAACAAU